AUCAAGAAUUAUGACAAUGUAACCACUGGAGCGGAGAAACUUGUUGAACUUGCUGAAGAAUUAGGAUCUGAAGACAAUAUAACUGCGAUGGUGAUACGACUACCUGCAUGGGGAACUAAAAUGCCGGAUCACACAAAAGCUUUAAGAAAGUACAGACUUGAAAAUGACAAACCCGCAAUGAAACGACGUGUAUAA